CUCCAUAUGUUUGUUCAUUUACUGCAAAGCUAGUGAUCGUUGGUAAUAACUGCCCUCCUCUUCGUAAGUCUGAAACAGAGUACUAUGCUAUGCUGGCUAAGGUCGUCCACCACUUCCAUGGAAAUAAUGUUGACUUGGGAACGGCCUGUGGCAAAUACUUCCGUGUCUGCUGCCUCAGCAUUAUUGAUCCUGGUGAUUCUGAUAUCAUCAAGACCGCGCCAGGUGAGCAGUAAGGAGCAGCUUUUGCUCUUGCCUUUUUGGCCUCGCUUGUUGAAUACAUCAUUUGCCCGUCAACCAAGUACCGUGGAAGCAUUGUUUUGGAUUGAAAAUUCAAUUUUUGCUCCUGGCAUUGAUCACUCUAUUUCAGCUGAACUUUGUUCGCUGAAAUCCCCUUUGGAUGAAAUGAUUAUUCUUACUGAAACGAGCAGCGUGUGAUGUUUCAUAUUUCCUUGCGCAUUAGGGUUUCUCCUUUCCACAAGUCCGAUCUGGGCUAUUGCGACAGAGUAAAUUUGACUCGGCGUCUGUUCUAUCUUCUAAUGGAGUUCUGAUUGUGGCUGCAAAGCCGGUUGUGAUCCUGAGUUAGGUGUCGGCUCGGCUGACCGAUUUUGCUUAGUCCUAAUUAGUCCCAUGUAAUGUAGUUCUGAUUGUGGCAAUUGAAGCACCGAUUAGUCCCUUUGUCGGUAA